GACGCGUUCUCAAACGGAACGAGCUGUCCUCGUUACAUCACUGUGUUGCACUUUUCACAUUUUCUUCGAUUCUCUGCUUGCCUUGGCCUAAACGUUCCAUUUUACAUAACAGUUCAUCCUAACGUUUCUGUACACUCGUAGCAUUCAACGGUCCUGUUAUUAGAGGAUUACUUUUAUUUACGUUUUUUGGAGAAUGAAAAGUAUAUUACACUUGCUGAAAUGAAUAUAAGGAUUUUCAAAAUAGAUUCAAUAAAUAAUUAGUUGUUAAUUUGAAGUAAUUAUCUUCGAGUACUUGGAUUGAAAACAGAAUUUUACACGGUUAUGCAGAUUAUGUUGAUUCUUCAGUUACCUAAAUAUGCCGAGUUAUAGUGGUAUAGAAGCAACAUUAAGCAGAAUGCGGCCUAUAAAUUUGUCGAUCGAGAAAAAUCAAACCAUAUUAUCGAUCAAUGUUAGAUCGUCCAAGGACAGCCCGGCGUUUCGCACACUCGACAAUCUCAAGUCAAAUUUGAUAGCUGCCGAAAUGUCGGGACCUGCGAUUAACUCUGCCAGCAGUUUUAAUCCACAAACUGACAGUUUGCACGCGUCUAUGAAACCAGUCAUUAUGUUGGCUCAAUGUUUUUCAAUGUUCCCUGUAUCAGGCGUUAAUUCUCCAGAUGCAUCAUAUCUCAGAUUUACCUGGCGCAGCCCCAAAAUCAUAUACUGUGUAAUUUCAUUUCUUGCAUCGUCCAUGAUGACAAUUUUUAACAUUUUGAGGCUAAUAGCAACAGGAGUAAAUUCUUUGAAAAUGACCGCCUUUGUAUUUAAUGGGACGAAUUUUAUAGCAACCUUGCUUUUCUUAAAAUUGGCAAUGAAAUGGCCGUCUUUGAUGCUAACGUGGGAAAAACUUGAAAAAGAGUUUUCCAACAGACAUAGGAAAGUAUCUAAAAGAAGUUUAUCCGCCAAAUUCAAGAUUAUCACUAUAGUGGUGAUGAUAAUUGCUUUGGUGGAACAUGGCUUGUCUAUUCUCCGUGGCUCUAUAAGAGCCCGAGAAUGCGCGAAUUAUAAAGGUGAUUCAGACGUUGUUGGGGUUUAUUUCCAGUCCCAAUUUCCACAGGUAUUCGCUAUAAUUUCGUACAGCUUGUGGAAAGGAAUUCUGGUGGAUAUUAUCAACAUUGUGAGCACUUUCUCUUGGAACUUCGUCGACUUGUUUCUUAUUUUAAUCAGUAUUGCUUUGGUGGAGCAGUUUCGUCAACUAAACGAUCGUUUAUACUCGAUAAAAGGCAAGUAUCAUUUCAUUGUUAAGGCGAUGCCAGAAUGGUGGUGGGCCGAAGCAAGAUCUGACUACAAUCACUUGGCAAGCUUGACGAGGCAAUUAGACUCUCAUAUCUCCAUUAUGGUUCUUCUCUCCUUUGCCACCGACCUUUACUUCAUCUGUAUACAACUUCUCUUCUCUUUCAACCCAAUGCGAGACAUCAUUGAGAAACUUUACUUCGGUUUUUCCUUUGGCUUCCUAUUGGCGAGGACAACGUUGGUGUCUUUGUACGCGGCGUCGAUUCACGAUGAAUCCUUGCUUCCUGCUCCAAUUUUGUACAGCGUUUCUGGAAGCAGUUAUUCUACAGAAGUGAUGAGAUUUUUAUGGCAAGUAACGACGGACAGUAUUUGCUUGACAGGCAUGAAAUUCUUUUCCGUGACUAGAGGCCUUGUAUUGACAGUUGCAGGUACUAUAGUCACCUACGAAUUAGUUCUCGUCCAGUUCAAUUACACUCAGCAAAACGAUUCAGCGAACGUCACACACAUUUGUGACGUGAAGAUUUAAAUGGACGAGACUGUCGAAGAAAGGGCCUACAUUUUAUUACGCAUAGGUGAAGAUAACUUACAAGACCCCAAGGUAAAGUGCUACAUAUUAAAAUCAAGGAAUGAAAUUGAUAUAAGCGUGUAUUUAGAUAUUCAAUAACAUAAACAUGAAUUAACAAUAUUUUAAUAUAUUGGCUCACAUAAUUUAAAAUGUUGGAUUUCUGAUUAUUCAUAAAUUGGUACAUAUCAAGUUUACACAAUGUAUCGUACGUUUUUAUUAUUCCUUUUUGAAUUCUUUUUAACAAUUAUCAUGAUCUUUAUCAAGGAAAUAAAAUUUAUUUUUCUUUGUAAAUUAAACUGAAUCACGGUACACUGUAUUUGGCGAUAGUGUUAUUAACAAAUGAAAUUUAAAAAUGUAUAUUUUGGAAAGAAAAAUUUACAGAACAAAUUCUACCGAUAAUCGCAUAUCCUUAUCAAUGAAUACUAGGAUAAAAUAUUUGUUUGUAUUUAAAAAAUGAAUUUUCUAAGGAAUCCGAUAUAUCAGAUUAUACGGCUUAUUUUAUAUUAUUUGAUGCACAUUUGUUAUAAUAACUCAAUUGUUCGUUUGUUAUAGUUCUUCUGGCUGGAUGCUUUACCAACUAUGAAUAAUUUUUCUCAUUGGAAAGACAUAUCGCUUAUCACUGUUCGUAUUAACUAGCAUUAAAUAACUGAACAAAUUAUGCAAUUUUUUCAAGUUGCAAUUCGUAUGAAAAUAGAGUAGAAAAUUAAUUCAUUUAAUGAUAUUAACCCCUUCAAAUCUGACGCACAUUAUAAUGUACACUGUUUUACUGCUUUCAAUGUCUAAUAAAAUAUUAAAACUAUGGUGUUAUUAUUAGUGAAGCAUUGAAUAGCAGUCUUUUGCUAUCAGAUAAGUGCAUAUAAUUCUGUAUGAAAAUCAGAUUUGAAGGGAUUGAAAAAGUAAGCAUUUUUCUUAUUUUAUUUAUCACAUUUUAUACGUAUAAAAAAAGUAGAGUUAAAUAUACACCAGAUGUUUACGUAACUUGCUUGUACAAACGAGACGUCAAAUAUAUUAGUAUCGAUGACAUUGUUAGGACACACAUGUAAAUUAUUUGAACAAUUCCUUUCAUGGCACAGUGAACACUUCAAAUAUUAAUGUUAGAAAGAUUGACAAAGAAAAGCAUCCAACCUAAUAAUCCUGAUUUUAAUCAAACUUUACGAAUUUACGAAACCAUUUAAAAAAGCACUUUUUGGAAAUUUACUCUGAUAAAAUGGGAUCAGGUUUACAAAUUUUUACAUUUUGUUAUUUUUUGGAUAUUUAUCAUUUAUUACUAUAUAUAAUAGUAAUUAAAUUUUUUUUCAGAAGAAUAAAAAAUUACUAUGUAAGAUUUAUAGUUUAUAGCAAUGAUAGUUCAAAUAAUACAAUUUUUUUAUUCUUUUUCAGGUUAUGAUGAUAAUUUAACUUUCAUUGUUUAUCUCCAUUAAAAUUAUUUAAACCCCUUUACAUAAUACUACGUACGUUAAUAAUGACGCAAUAUUAAAUUCCUUAUUAUUCCUCAUUUAAAAAUUUGCUUUUUUGUUUGCUACUUUAAUACUUCUCUGUUUCCAGUAUUCUCAAAGUACUCAAUUAAAUAUUAUAUAUUUCUCAUCCCCAAUAUUGAGGACUGUCAAUAUGAAUGAUAACCAAUAAUAAAAUUAUAUGUCAAAUAUUUUCUAAGAAACAGUCUACCAAAAUUUCAUAAAAAUUAACUCAUAUCAUUAGUAUGUUCCUAUGUCAGUUUACAAAGAAUUCAUGUCAAGGACUUAGCGUGGUUAUGAAUUUUCGUAACAUUUAUGGUAAUCACUUCAGGUCAAUUCAUGAUUAUCAUAGAUAUGUAAAUUUUUAAAAGGAAAAAAAUAACCUCAUAUUGCAAUAUCGUAAGUACAAGACCUUCUUAUAGAAUUUAACCACAGAUUGGAGAAAACAACGUUGUGGUAAGCGGGCAGUAUUCGACCACAUAACAAUUAUAGCAGUGGUCACGACGUGGCGAAAUCGUAAAUCAAAGGAUUAAGCAGUAGCACUGAUUGAUUUAGAUUUUCAAAGACUCUCACAUCUUCUUAUAAUUAACUAAAGUUGCCAGUUAAUUGUACGAAAUUUAAUCCUUUGCUGAAGUGUGCUUUUUUUAAAACAUUAAAAAUCUUUCUCUCCUUCACAGCUGCUCGAAUUACAAGUAAAGCAGUACAAUUUGUGUUUGCAUACUUUUUUCUCAAAUCCAUUUAAAUAUCAAUUACCUUUCUAAAAGAUUCUUUUUCUUAGGCAAAGGCACUAAGGCCAGAGUUCUUCAACUGUAACAAAAUCAACAAUAUCAAACAAGUCUUUGUCCCGAAUUGGUUACAAGUAUACAUCAACUGAGAAUAACAAAAAGGGAAUCACGGAAACCAAAGGAAACGAAGAUCAGGAUAACUUACUGUUUCAUAAACCGACGAACGUUAUGUAUAAGCAAAGAAUAAAACCUAUUCUUCAAAUGAGAUAAAAGAUACAAAUUAUAUUAUUAGAAUAUUUCCAUUAAACAGUACUGUUUCACUAAUAUAAAUUCCUGUUAAA